UCGAUUUACAAAACAAAAACGCGUCCAUUUCCAAAAGAGACGCCACAGUUCGAACAUCUAAGAAAUUAUCUCAAUUAAUAUAAUUUUACUAGUUUAAAUAUAGGUAGUUAUGUAUACGUUAAGUCAAGAAUAAGUCUAACACUGGCAGUCGCUGUCAGGGCCGAAGUGGAGUGCGCGGGAAUUUAAUUUCGACGUCGUUCAAAAAUUCAUCACGCUGCGUAAAUCCGUGAUAAAAGUUAUGAAGAUCAAACUGCCGCGCGAUCGGUUCCCGUCGACCUCGUCGACGGAUGACAACGAGAGCGGCACAGAUUGGGACAUGGAUGCUGCACGGCAUCCGCAACUCCUGCAUCCGCGACAUCCGCCGCCGCCACAGAUAUCGCAGGCGAUCAUGGUGGGAUCAGUGCGCAAGAGACGCGGGAACCUGCCCAAGCAGUCUGUGAAGAUCCUCAAACGAUGGUUGUACGAUCACCGAUACAACGCUUACCCGAGUGACGCUGAGAAACUGGCUCUCAGUCACGAAGCCAACCUCACUGUGCUGCAGGUAUGCAAUUGGUUCAUAAACGCGCGCCGCCGCAUUCUCCCAGAGAUGAUCCGACGAGAAGGCCACGACCCACUUCACUACACGAUCUCCCGACGCGGACGCAAGCAACCGGGAGCAAUGCCGGGGGUCGGACCUAUGGUUAGCUUGGACGCUGCAUCCACGUCAGGACUCAGUAUGGCCCCUAGCAACAUGACUGUUACAACAUGGGAUGGAGUCAUUGUAGAGAACCAAGCGGAUAUCCAUCACGAUUACGGUGACGGUCUACUGGUGUACCGGAGCGAGGGAAACGAGCUGGUCGACCACGAGGAGGGGUACUCGAGCGCCAUCAGCGAGGAAGAGGUCAAGUACGAUCCGUCCGUGUGGCAGUCCGUUAUACGUUACGGGCCGGAGGAGACCGAAUUGCACCCAGCUUCCAGGACCGGCGCAGUAGUAACAGUCGCAACAACAGAAGAGCCUCUACACCAGCUUACGCCAGUAAGCGAGUCGUGGCGUCCUCUGCAUCACCCCCAGUUAACGCACCUACCCCAGCCGCCGCAGACGUUGCACCCGCGACGGAUGCAGGUGAGCACGCCGCCGCUGCAGCCACCGCCGCCCGUCGCUGUUGAACUGGAGGUCGCCACUACUGACAUGUGGUGCCACACCUAAUCUCUAACUCCUACUCGUAGAGCCAGAGUUACUAUGAAUAACGAAAGGGGCAUUAAGGCUUAAAAGGAUUUUUUUCCACAACUGAUAAGUGGUGCCACAUCUAAUCUUGAAACUCCAACUUGUAGGGCCAGACGUUUAUGGGAUAUCUAUCUAUAGUAUUUACUUAACAAAUAUUCAGUUUAGCAGUUACAUAAUCCUGAUCCAUCUUCUUGGCUGAGAGACCAGAGAGAGAGGCCAGAACAAGCAUUAAAGUUGGAAUAUGAUAUAGUUUAAAAGGCUA